CGUUAAAUGCGUGGUAAAGGCUUCGUGGCAGUCCCAGUUGUCAGACUGCGGAGUCUUGUGCAUGUAUUUGCAGAGCCGGUAAUUAAAGUCGGAUUGUUGAAACAGUUUCUGUCGCAGUUAAAUCUAUUUAAAAAGCGUGCAGGGUAAUUUUGACAGUGCAAACUACUUCUUUUUUUAUUUAACAGAAUUAAGUUUGCUUUUUUCUGUGUUGAUUUCAUUAAUAAUAAUUUCAGUCAUCUUACUGAAAAUUAGCUACUGACCAUGCAAACAGCGGACAAGUGCAAUCAAGAUCAAUUGCAGCAGUGCAAACACAAAGCAGGAUGUUGCAUAGAUUCAGCUAAGGACACGCUGUUCGCGUUGAGUAAAGACAUAUGGAGCUGCGCAGAACUAGCGUACGAGGAAAAGCAGUCUCACGACAUCCUCGUCCGCUUCUUCACGGAGACAGAGAAGGGAUGGAGCGUUGAAAGCCAUUACAAACUGGACACGGCGUUCCGAGCCACAUGGGGACCCACCGGAGUCAACGCGGGGGGAGACACGUUAAAUAUUGGGUUUCUGUGCGAGUAUGACGCGUUGCCAGGUAUCGGUCAUGCGUGCGGACAUAACCUGAUCGCUGAGGUCGGUGCUGCCGCAGCUGUGGGAAUGAAAGGGGCGUUGGAGGCGCUCGUCGAUCCUCCAGUUCGAGUAAUGGUGACUGUGAUUGGAACUCCUGCCGAAGAAGAGGGAGGUGGCAAGAUUGACCUGAUCGAAGCGGGAGGCUUUGAAGGCCUGGACCUGGUGUUCAUGGCACACCCAUCGCAGGAGGAUGCAGCCUACCUUCCUGACAUGGCUGAGGAUGAUGUGAUGGUGAAGUACUAUGGAAAGGCUUCUCAUGCUGCAGCGUACCCAUGGGAAGGGAUUAAUGCUUUAGAUGCUGCUGUCCUGGCUUACAACAACUUAUCUGUGCUGAGACAGCAGCUGAAGCCUGACUGGAGGCUCCACGGUAUCAUUAAACACGGAGGGGUGAAGCCGAACAUCAUUCCAGCGUUCUCCGAACUGGUCUUCUAUCUACGCACCCCGAAGCGCAGGGACCUUCCGUUUCUCAGAGAGAAGGCGGAGCAGUGUUUCAGAUCUGCUGCCAUGGCAACCGGGUGCCGAGUGGAGCUGCAAUACGGGCCUCACGAGUACCACAAUAUUCUUCUCAACAAGACACUGACACGGCUGUAUGAGGAGAAUGGGAAGGCACUUGGCAUUGAAUUCACAACAGACGAGCAGGUGCUCAACACUCCAUCUGGAUCCACAGAUUUUGGAAAUCUGUCCUUUGUUGUUCCUGGAAUCCACCCCUAUUUUUACAUUGGCACCGAAGCACUGAAUCACACUGAAGAGUACACUGCAGCUGCUGGUUCUGAUAAGGCCCAGUUUUUCACCUUGCGGACGGCCAAGACGCUGGUGAUGACGGCGCUGGAUGUUCUGUUUAACCCAGAGCUUCUGAAGCAGGUGAAAGAAGACUUCCGCCUGUCCAAGCUGAAAGAAGAAUGUGAAGUGAGACGGGAGAAUGGCAGUGGGUCAGGGCCUGGGCAGUGGGGUGGGGCGGCCAGUGCCUCCCGCUGAAUCCUAACUGAGCUUGCUACUGCCAUCCCUCACUGCACUCAAAUCAGACCACAAUCAGAUAAUUCUCCUUUUUUUAUUUACACACGUUGAUUCAAAGGGACCCAUGUAUACUACUACUUUAAAGUUUUCGUUCUUAGCUUUUUAAAGGAAGGUGUAAGCUGUUCCUUUCUGAUGUUGCCUGAACCACACUACUACACGAAUCAACUGAUGAGCAGUUCAGAAUGAGCAGAAUAUAGAACACUAUAUUGUUUACAAAAUGUAAAGGAAAUAGAAGGACAUUUACAUGGAUGGUUGGUACUAUUGAAAAAGAGCAAUAGAGCUGUUCAAAAGGGUGAAAAAACGUAAAAGCCUGUGACUGGUCCUUUGGCUGGGAGAAGGGACCUGGGUUCAAACUCGGCACACACGUUAAAUGAGGUCUCAAGUGGGCUCACAUUCAUGCACCACAGAAAUAUAUACAGUAUAUAUAUAUAUAUAUAUAUAUAUAUAUAUAUAUAUAUAUAUAUAAAUAUUGCAACAGAGCAGGUUUAAAUGAUGUAAAAACACGGAUAAAUGUGUUUAAUUGUUAAUUAUCACCUGCACCUGGCUAUUAUUGUAAAUUAGAGCCAGGUGCAGAGUAUUUAACAAUAGCAGUUAGUCUCUUCGGGGCUCUGCUGUGUGAAGAAGCUCGAUUGAUAGUAUGAAGCCUUUUGUUUUCAUGUUUUGAAAAACUGUGUCCAAUUAUUUUUUGGCUCAGCUCACUGCUACCACCCCUGCACUGACUCGGGAGGGGCGAAGAUGAACACACGCUGUCCUCCGAAGCACGUGCUGUCAGCCGCCCAGCAGCUCUGGGCAGCUUAAAGGCAAGCCUGCAGGCGCCCGGCCAGACUACAGGGGUCGCUGGUGCGCGGUGAGCCGAGGACACCCUGGCCGACCUAACCCUCCCUCCCCUCGGGCGACGCUCGGCCAAUUGAGCGCCGCCCCCUGGGAGCUCCCAUCCACGGUCGGCUGUGGAAUAGCCUGGCUUGAACCGGCGACGUCCAGGCUAUAGGGCGCAUCCUGCACUCCACGCAAAGUGCCUUUACUGUGUGCGGAACUUGGGAGCCCCAGAACUGUGUUUUUGUGUUAUUUGUCAGGUAAACGGCUUAGCUGUCCUGCGAGUUAGUCAAGGAACCUGCACAUGUUUAGUUAGUGCUCCAAAGGAGCUAGGUGUUUGUUUUCACAGGAUGGCUAAGCCGUUUACCGUUUAGCCAGGUGCAGGUGAUAAUUAACAAUUAAACACAUUUAUACGUGUUUUUGGCAGGGAGGAUUUUAACCCCCUCCCUGCUCUGUUACUAUAUAUAUAUAUAUAUACAUAUAUAUAUAUAUAUAUAUAUAUAUAUAUAUAUAUAUAUAUAUAUAUAUAUAUAAAUAAUCAAGCAGUAUGGGUAUUGAGCAUGUGUGCAGACUGUGAUGAACAGUAUUUUCCAACCUUUUCUAUUUUGAUAUUGAAUUCCUGCCUUCAGCAUGAAAAUGCCAGUUCUAGCAAAUUCUAGUUUGCUGCUUAAAGCUCAACUGUAAACCUGUCUAGAAAGUGAAUACCACACUGUUGAGCUUUUAAAAACACAGCGCCCUGACUGGAAAUGAACCCCACCUCACACACACACACACACACACACACACACACACACACACACACACACACACACACACACACACACACACACACACACACACACACACACACACACACACACACACACACACACACACACACACACACACACACACACAGAACGACUUUGACAUGAAUUGUAUUCAAGGGUUUGCUUCUCACCUCAGAGUCUGUUUACUUUUUGAAGGUAAUUUUGUUGCUUGGUGAUACUGCAAUGUAUUAACGCUUAGAUACACAAUUAAAAUAUAGUCUGUUUCAAAUGGCUUUUUAUGUUCAUUCAAUGUUUGGUCUAAUUGCAUGCCUUCUAGUUACGGUCCACAGAAAUGUACACAAGGUCCUUAUAGUUAGAAGUGAAAUUAAUAAACCAUGACUGUUUCCACUGUAUUAUCUGUUUUGUUUUAAUAAAUAUAAUUUAAAAAGACAAUGUA